GGUUACAAGAAAUCAGACACACUCUACGAGGGCCUUUGCUCACUUGCUCACCUCUUCUACUCUAUGGCCGACUACACUGUACUGCACCAGUCACCAGAUUCCCCUCGCUCUCUCUCCUUUCUCUUCUCUCUCUGUUUUUCCUUUUCACAUUUUCUUCACCUUUGUCCAUUCGUUCAGAGGACCCUCCACCAGUAAAAGCCCUCUGAGACGCGCAGUUUCUAUUUUUCCUUUAUUUUUUUUCUUAAUUUCUGUGUGUAUAUGUGUGGAGGAGUGAGCCUUUGGCAUUCAUUGCAUUCAAGCAGUUGGGGUUUGAAGUUUUCCGUUAAUGGCUUCUCUUUGAUGACCCCCAACCACUCCAACACGUUGCCGCUGCUGCAGCUGCUCUCUUCCUUCCUUUCCUUUCCUUUCCUUGUAAGAAAACAACUACUCCUCUCCUUCUCUGACACCUCUCUGCGCUUUUUACUCUCAGCGAUUUUCCCCCACUGGGUUUUUCAUUUACUGCAAAACCCACAUUUUCUUUUGGGUUUUGGGGUUUGAAGGGAGGGUUUUUCUCCGUUUAUUCACAGAUUUAUUGAAAAGUUGAGCUCUUUGUGCUUCCGGUGUAAUGGGUUCUCUUUCCUUUUAAAAGGUCUUGUUUGGUUGCUGAGAAAAUGAGCGUUGUUUCGUUGCUGAGAAAAUGAGCGUUCUUUCGUGAACUGGGUCCCCAUAUUUUCCGUCAAAAAUGGGUGCUACCAACUCUAAAAUCGAGAAGGACGAAGCUCUGCGGCUGUGCAGAGAGCGUAAGAGAUUCAUCAAGCAAGCAAUCGAUUCGAGGUAUGCUUUAGCAGCUUCUCAUGUAUCUUACACCAACUCUCUUAGAAACAUUGGCAUUGCCCUCCGCCGUUACGCCGAGGCUGAGGUGUUGAUAGAGUCGUCCCUCUCCACCUCAGACAAGACCCCUUCGCACUCCUCCUACCCCUCUCCCUCGCCUUCGCCUUUGGCCGACGCUUCGGACUCGCCUAUGCGCAAUGAGAGGCUGGUUUUGCCUCCUGCGGUGAGGUUGAGCUAUAUGAGGUCAGGGGGUGGUGCAGCUGUGACUGUAAGGUUCAAUCCGGUUAGCAGUAGUUAUGUGGAUGAGGAUAUUUCAUUGCCGCCGCCUCCUCCUCCUCUGCCGGAUGAAGAUUCGUCUUGGGAUUAUUUUGAUCCUGUUGAUGAGAGUGAGAGCUUUAGGUUUGUGGGAAAUAGUGGAGUGGAUGUGAAUUUUGAUGAUAUCAAAGGGUGGAGACAGGGGAGGAGUGAAGAAGCUAGUCAUGGUGUGGAGGAGAGGGGUAGAUGGGCAAAGGUUGGAAUAGAUGGAGGUAAUGAACAUUAUGAAGUUUCUGGUAAUUCAGUGAAUCGAAACGAUAGUAGUGUAGAUGGUAAUGCGAAUUCGCUAAACUCGGGAGUUGAUGGGUCUCUGCAAACAGGCAAUGGUGAAGGGAGACAGUCAGUUGAGGGACGUAAUGCCAAUGGCGGAGCUAGAAGUUUGACAGGCAAAGUUGGAGUUGAACAGUCUGGACCUUCUGGUUCAAAGAGGGAGAAGGACUUUUGUGCAGAAAGAGAGGACCCUUCAGAGUUUAUUACUCACAGAGCUAAAGAUUUUCUUUCGAGCAUAAAGGAUAUCGAGAACCGCUUUUUUAGAGCUGCAGAAUCAGGAAAAGAGGUCUCCAGGAUGCUUGAGUCAAACAAAAUAAGGGUUGGGUAUUCGGAGGCGAAAGGCACAUCAUCUGCUUCGGCUUUUUUCGUGGCUUUCCAGCUCGUUUUCUGCCCUGGAAAGACUGUACUUGUUUCUCAUGAUGCUGCUCAACAUGGAACAAAAAUUAUUACUUGGAAGCGCUCAACAUCUUCGAGGUCAUCCUCAUCAAGGAAUCCUCUUGCCACAGCAUCAAAAGAUGAUGCCGACGACAGUGGCAGUGAUUUUAUUGAAGAGUUUUGCAUGAUUGCCGGAAGUCAUUCCUCCACUCUGGAGAGACUAUAUGCCUGGGAAAGAAAACUCUAUGACGAAGUAAAGGCAAGUGAAUCUAUCAGGAAGGUGUAUGACCGGAAGUGUGAUCAACUUAGGAAUCAAUUUGCAAAGGAUUGUAGCAGUCAAGUUAUUGAUAAAACCCGGGCGAUAGUGAAGGAUCUACAUUCACGAAUAAGAGUGGCAAUACAUGCUGUUGAUUCAAUAUCAAAGCGGAUUGAGAAAAUGAGAGAUGAAGAAUUGUAUCCACAACUCUUGGAACUUACUCAGGGAUUGAUGGGAAUGUGGAAGGCCAUGCUUGAAUGCCAUCAUGCGCAAUAUAUAACCAUCUCACUGGCAUAUCAUUCAAAGAGCUCAACACCUUCCCAAGGAGAUUCCCGUAGGCAGAUAAUGGCUCAACUUUUGGAUGAGAUUGAAUGUUUCGGCCUAAGCUUUGCAAAUUGGAUCAACAGCCAUACGUCAUAUGUGGAAGCUCUCAAUGGUUGGCUGCAAAACUGCAUCAUGCAACCACGGGAGCGUACCAAAAGCAGAAGGCCAUUUUCCCCCCGUCGAGCUGUAGCCCCACCUAUAUUUGUUCUCUUUCGAGAUUGGGCAGCUGGGAUCAGAGCACUGCCUUCUAACGAACUUACUGAUGCAAUCAGAACCUUCUUAUCAGAUCUGCGUCAUUUGAUGGAAAAACAAGCAGUCACACAGAAAAACCAGGGGACAGCUGAAUCAGCUGAUGCAAACAACGGAGAAGCAGAGAACAAAGCAGAAAACAGUGAAGAAUCAUCUCCAAACUUGAGUUGCAUGCAUGCAAGCUUGGCAAGGGUUCUCGAGAGACUCACUAAAUUUUCGGAGGCAUCACUGAAGAUGUAUGAAGAUAUCAGAUACAAAAGUGAAGUAGCUCGAAUUGCAUAUCUCAACGGCAGGCCUGUUAGAUACUGAGUUUAUGUAAUUAUAAACAUAUAAUAAUCUCUUGAAUUUGUGACCGGAUACAGGUUUGUAAAGUUGAAUUGUUGCAAAUAGCUUUGGGGAGGAAAAAGUACCAAGUUUUUGGGCA